AGGGGCGGGGGAGUACAGGUCCAGCGCAGGCGACGCAGUGUUGCGUAUUGGCUUUCAUUCACCAGUCAGCGCUCACAUGCUGCGAAGGCGGACACACGGAUUUUCGAACUCCUGCGUAGUGUUUGAAAAGGACCUCCUUCGCUGAACUGUGAUGCAUAACGGCGCAUACCUCCACAGUGAGCGACAGCGCCUGUUAGUCAGCGGGGAUGAUCUGCCACAAAAUGAAACGCCGGGUUCACAAUUCCUGAGGACACGACCGGAACCGACAGCUUGACAUUAAGUAAAAUGCAAAACAACGGAUAACCCUAACGCAGCUAAAAAAGUUGAUUUUUUCCCCCCUGCGUGCUGAAACCAAGUAAACGUACUGGAACAAUCUUUAUGAAGCGUCGGUUUACCUGAAAAUGGAGUUGGAGGAAUGCAAAAUAUCCGUGUGGGUUUGUCGGGAGGAGAAGCUUGUCUCUGGGCUGUCAAGACGCACUACCUGCGCCGAUGUCGUCAGAGUGCUCCUGGAGGAUCAGAACUUGCAGCAAGGCGCUUCUGCGGCUAUGCUCUCCGGGUCUCCACAGUCAUACUGCAUUGUGGAGAAAUGGAGAGGAUUUGAGAGGAUUUUGCCGAACAAAACCAAAAUCCUUCGUCUCUGGACCGCAUGGGGUGAUGAACAAGAAAACGUGCGGUUUGUGUUGGUGAAAAAUGCGGCGUCCUUACCCAACAACGGACCUCGGAGCGCGGAGGCGCGGGUCGUACUUAGCAAGGAGAGUCCUUGCGUGUACAAGGGAACAGCGAGGGCAACGAUGGCUUUCUCCCAGGAAAAGCAGCGGCGUAUUGUCAGAAAGGCGUUCAGAAAGUUGGAUAAAAUCAACAAAAAGAGAGAGGAGGCUAUAUCAAAGGACGCCUCUUCAGUGGAGAAAAUGGAAACUUUAGUACACCUGGUAAUAUCGCAAGACCACACCAUCCGCCAGCAGAUCCAAAGGAUUAAGGAACUGGAUCGAGAGAUUGACAGGUAUGAGGCGAAAGUUCACUUUGACAGGAUGAAAAGGCACGGGAUCAAUUAUGUGCAGGACACAUACUUGGUCGAGGGCAAGCCGGAGGCUGAGUCAAAGAGGGACAGCGACAAGCCGUGCUCUGCGGAGGCUCUCGCUUGGUUCGAGGAGUACGCCAGCAGAUGCGAGGAGGUCAUUAGGCUGCAAGAGGAGCUGGCCGAGCACGAGGCGCUCAUGGACAGUAUUACGGUGGAGAUCCAGGAGGAGCUGAAUCAACGGUGGAUGAAGCGACGGCAAGAAAAACUCUCGAACGCGGACGCGGAAGCCAGCGUCGAGGAGCCCGCAAUUAGGGUAACUACAGCCACCCAUGCGACAGGGAAGGACGUGGCUCCUCCAGAGCUUGACAUUUCGUCGGAAAACGAAUUGCUUUUCGAGGAGGAGAGAGUCAAAACGCAGCUGGACACGAGUUUAUAUAUUGGUCUUCGCUUGAACACGGAUUUGGAGGCUAUUAGAGGUGAUUUGGACAUGAGCCAGGGGCUGUGGGAUGCGAAAGUAAAAGAGCUACAGGAUUUACUGGAAAAAGUGGAGUCUCUGGAUUUUGAAGAAGCUGUGAAACCAUCAGUUAAGGGCAAAGCAAGUGGCUCUGUUGUGACCGAGACCGAAUUGUUGCCUUCUUUAGAGGCAAACAGCGGGUGGGUGGAACAGGCUCGGGGACUUUCAAAGAAAUGCGACACUAAUGACGAGGACUCGGACACCGGGCUCAGCUCAAUGCACAGCCAGGACUCGGACAACGCACCUGUCUGCGAGUCGCUAGUAUAACUGGUGCGAAACGCUUACACAUUCACCCAGUAAAUAAACUCAGGGAAACGUGCAUUUCACAACACCUAAACGUGUUAUUCCCUCUGCUAAAUGGAAGUGAGAGAAAAAAACGGCAACAUGCGUAUUAAGUUACAUCAAUUGUAGCAUAUCUAUGAUGUUGAACCAUGCAUAGUUUGCCACUAAAAUACUCACCUGUAGUCUCACCGAGUUGUUCAGUAACCUAAGAUAAAUGCACAAAGUCCGUUAUUCCGUCCGUACCACCAGGCAUAGUAUUGACAAGCUGAAAAAUCAGUUAUCUGCUUAUGUGUUCCCAAUGUAUGUGCGUAAGUCCCAAUGUUAUUUAUAACAAAUGUGUAGAACUAAGGAACAAUUGACGACUGCAUUGUAAUUGCUGAGAAGAAAAACGUGUUAGGCAGAUGGAUUUUGGUUUGUAAACACUAAGGUUGUUGUGGAAUUAAAGGAGAUUAAAAUAAGAACGAAUUAAUUGUUUCAAUGUAUGCACGUGUAGGUUAAAUAAUUUACGCACGGGUCACUCCACGUUGUUAAGAAUCUUGCAUGGUAUAAACAUUUUUUUUUGUUGCCCGAGGAUUAUGUUUGGACCCAUCCUACUCAUCUAAUGUAUGUUACAUAUAAAAAUAAAUAGGCCAACUUUGUGUCGAGUAAAUAAUCUAAAAGCUAGUAAUAGUUAUUAUUUUACCAAUUAACUGCCCGCUGAUUAAAAUAAUUCCGUUUUUAGAUCAAAGUUCGGUUUUUCAUUCUUCCAGGGGAUUGCUUCCUCUUUGAUAUGUGUAGUGUGGACCAAAAUGUCACGCACCGUUGUGCUUAAUAUGAGCCAUACCUCGAGACCACCGGCGCGUGAAGAGAUGUUAUUCUUGACUCUUGCACGUUCUGACCGAGCAAUGACGUAAAAGCAGAUUGUAUCAACAAAACCUUACAUGCCUUAUAUGUAGGGAUGCCAGACAGGCAAAGUGGAUUUGGAUUAAAUAUUAGCUAUAUAGAUGCCUAUUUUCCUGACACAUCCCUGAUGUUGAGCAAGUCUGUCAUAACCAUAUGUGCUGAAAAGUACAGGGUGAAAACACGCUUUUAAAGUUUGUUGCUCGUGGAUGUUUUUCCGCUCGCGAAGGUUCGCUGAUGUGAUGGACUUCGGAAAUGAUGUUGACUCACUUGCCUACAAUACAGUUAAAAACUUCCACAUAGCAACAGCUGUUCUUAUCUACACCUGUGGAUAUCAUGGGAUUUGGCUGUUUCACAAAAAAAAAAAAAAACCCUGAA